CCCUGAAAUCCACGAAUUCUGGACGCGCAUUUACAGUAAGAUAGAAGAGAGACACAGUUCGAACGAACAUUUCUUUUUUUCAUGUGUGCUAUUACAUGAUUCGUUUCGAAUCUAAUAUUUUCGUACUUAAUUUUGGAUGGAUAUAAUGAAGCAUACUAUUUUUCAUAUAACGAAAUGGAUAUAAUAUAAGCCAUUUUUAUGGAAGCAAUAUAAGAUGGAAAUUUUCAAAUCUACAACCACAGAAUAAAUAUCGGUUACAUUUCAAAACCACAUAAUGGCUGAGGACUCAUCGUCCAGGGUGAAAUCUUUCUCCGAUUCAGAAAUAAGCCUUUUGGAUUCCAAGAAUUCUACAGCAGAUUCUCGUCGAACCAGAAAUCAUUCAGAAAAAAAUUUUGCUUUCCUCAAACCUCAUCAACAGAAAUUUUCUAGAAAUAGAAAUGAAAAUAGCUCAGAUAUAAACAAUCAAUCUUUUGAAGAUGUGAUAUCGUCUUUAAAAAGCUUUUCGAUUCCCUCAAAAACAGGAACGAAAAGCACUGAUGAUGAAAGCGAAAUUUCAGAAUCAGAUGAUCCUUCAGGUGUCCAGCAUCAGAAGGAUGUCGAAGAUGAAACUAGAUCCCCAUCAAGGGAUGAAAAUUAUCUUCAAGAUAAACAAAAUGAGAAUGAGGUUCUUGAGGAGGAUUAUAGUGUUAAGCCAUCAUCGGUUGGCGAACAGGAAAUUACCACUGAUGAAAAUAUAAGCCAGCAAAACUCUUUUGAGGUCAAACAAAUGACCUCUGAUGAACAAAGUGACCUUCAGAAAACACAAAUCGGUCGUGUAAAUACCGAAAUUUUCAGUCCAUAUCGAGUUUUAGAGAAAGCAAAUACAAGUGUGGCGCCUUCAGAAAAUGAUUUUCUAGGUGAGCCCAGGUGUUUGGCUAUAAAAAAAUACGCGGCCGAUGAAGACGAGGAAUUCGAUCUUGAUUUAGUGAUGAAUGCCGAUAUCGAAGACGAAGAAGACGAACUUAUGAUAGAAAAACAAUCGGAAGUGAAUAAGACAAAGAAGAACCAUCCCCCUGACCCCAAUGACAUGUUUUUAGAUGAUGAGUCCGAUGAUGUAACUGAAGUGAAAGAAAUUCAGUAUGUGAAUCUUGGGAGCCCUAUGAAGAACGGGAAGACUUGGGAUUAUUCCAAGCUUGAAAAGGAAGAAGGCGAACUUUCCCCAGAUUUGUACAGAACUCAUUCUGACAUUGAUAAUUCCAAAAACAUCAGUUCCAGGAAGACUAGAGUUACAGAGUCGAACCUGGAGUUUCUGAACAAAGUUAACCGCUGUUUCCGGCAUCUUGAAAGAGAAUUUAGUAAUAUGCACGUGCCUCAAGGGUCUAAAAGAUUAGUCGGCCACUUGCGAGACCUACUGUGCGUGGUGGAGAGAAUGAAGCGUAAAUUGACCGUUUUAACCAGCUCAGCAAACAGUCGCAAAAAUGUUUCUCAUUCUAAAAAUAAAGCAGACACGGAUUCUAGAAGUUCGAAGGAAAAAGAUAAUAAAAGUGAUGAAAAUUCGCAUAAAUCUCUCAGAGAGCAAAAUGCAACAGAGAAUAGUAAUGCCGUCUAUCAGGACUUUGAUGAUAUACAAGCAAAACAGUUGAAUAAAUAUCUGGAAGAACGGAGAAAAAAGUAUUACGAGAAAAAGGCUGAAAAUUAUUUGGCACAAAAUGUACUUGCACCACAGCCGAAAGCGGAUGAGGUAUUAACCAAGAAAGAGCACCUUCGCAGAAUCCAUACAGGAUCUAAAGUAGAGAGACAACGCAUCAGGUCGUUAUUUAAAAGACAAAUGAAUUUAAUCACUCAACAAAUCAUCCAACAGAAUGAUCAGGACAAGCAUCAAAAUCCGAAGAAGAUAUCUGGGAGCAAGACAUCUUCCAAACAGGGCCAUCGGCCAAAUUUGGAAAAUCUGAAAACUUUAGAUGACAUGGAGUGUUUUUUGGAUCUCUUGAAAACUAAGAAAGGACAAAAAAUAACACCGGAAGACAUUAUUAGAGAUAUUCGCAAGAAAAAACUUCUGAAAUUCACAACUAAAAAGAGCAGUCCUGUGCCUAAGCCGCGUGUGCUACCUGUCUUACUUACUGGAGCAAAAAAAGAUGAAGUGAGUAUUUCUAAACAAAAUAUAGAUUCCAGUAUUAAUUAUGUACAACCAAGUAUUAGUAACGUAAAAGAACAGUCCGAAAAGGGAACAGAAAAUCCGGAAAAAAUCUUUCGGCAGGAUGAAAAACAAAUUAAAGAAACAGUUAUAAGACAAAAAGAACAGGAAUCAGAUAAAAUGCGAGAUGAACAGACUACCAAAAAUAAUUCCAGCCAUUCUUUAACUUCCAAACAGUCUUCCAAGUCAAAUUUAUCAAAAGUGGAAAAAUCGAAAGAACAAAAAGUUAGUAAAAAUAUGUCAAAAGAGGGGCAAAUAGACAAGGAAUCAAAAGAACCCGCUCCGAAUGGAAUUGAAUUCUGCGGCGACGAAAACGUUCCUUCGUCCAAAGAAGUAAUUGAUUCUUCCUUGCUUAAAAGAAAUUCAAAGGAGACGAAACGCUGCGAAUCUCUCUUUCAUUCAAGAGCCGCAUCAGAUUUCGAAAAAGAUUCCCGGGAAAUAUUCCCGGAGAAUUCCAAAAAACGAAUAAGGAAAAAAUCUUCGGAACCUAAAUCAUCCGAAUCAGAUAGCGAUUCUCGCAAGGAUCAAAUUCUUAAGAAACGGAAAAGAAAUGAGAGCGACGGCGAUUCGCGCAGUAAAUUACCCGCCAGUGACUCAAAAAGAGACUUGGUAUCGGAAAGAAAAUCUAAAACAAGAUAUCGUCCUCCUGACGCCGGGGCUGUAAUCAAUGGUCUCGGUGAAAAACCACCAGAGGAAUUACUGGCUAAAAAAUUACUUAUUGUUGGCGACAAGAACUUAGCCAUAUUAGAUAACUAUUAUUGCUUAAAGGUAAAGGACAAUCAUAUAUACCUUAAAAAGGUUGGGAAAUCGAGAAAAAGACGCCAUCGUCGCCAAAGUAAAGAACAAAGGUCUCCCCAAAUAAAUGAGAAGAAUCUUGAAAUUUCUGACAAAAGAAAUCACGGAAGAAAAGAAAGGGAUGAAUUAGCGUCUGAUUCAGAGAAUGCAGUGGCAGCAUUGAAAGAAAUGGAAGAUUUCCUGCAGCAGUUGCGAGCCAAAAAGGUUUCGAGUGAAAAACAACACGACCCGCCGCUGCAGAGCCAGCAAACUCGUGAAAUGAAAUUCAUGGCAAGAAUACAGGCGAAGAGGAAGGCAAAACUGAUGGCCUGCGUGUCCACGACGCCAAAUAUUUCAGAAAAGGAAGCCAAGUUCUUGAAAGAUCUGGAAAAUCGAUCCAAAAAUCCGAGCGACUCGCCAGAAACUGAAAGUAAGAAGCAGAAGCUGUUGGAAAAGAUCCGGGCUGAGACAGAUUUCAUUGUUUUAUCACAUAAACAGGCAGCGGCCCUUGAGGACGAUCCAUUGAGCGAUGUCAAAUCUUUCUUGAACAUGAUCAAGGAGGCGGAAUCGACCAACGAUGAAAACUCCAAACAGUUUUAUGUCUCGUUUUCUCUGAAAAAGUCUGAUGUUAAAAAGCUUGAGAACAUUACAACAGGAAAAGCAUCCGCUUUGUCAGAAGAAUCCCAGAGACUUUUGAACAGUGUCAGAUCGAAAAUGAGAGCUAAGAAAGUCCCGGCAGCUUUAGCAAAUGAAGAACCUCAGGCAGAAGUGUAACUGAAUACUGAAUCCAUUAUUGCUAAUUCAGUAUUGGCAAUAGUGGCAGCUCCUUCACUGCAGUGGAGGAGAUUUUUAAUCCUAUACUACAAUGCGUAUUGAUGCCAUUCCGUAUAACUUAAAUUUUAUUUUUUCUAUUAAAGUAUGAACAUUUUAAUAACUAAACAAUAAAAAUAAUAAUAAGAUUUUUUGACAUUGUGCAGGUGAAACUGCACUGUAAAUAAACUGUAAAAAAAAAUUUGCUAAUUUUUUUUAUUGAUUUUUUAAUUAAAAACGUUUAUUUUAAAAGAAUUUUUUUUGUUUAUUUUUCUUUGAAUUCGUUAAUCUCGUUCAUAAAAUUUUUUCAAAAUUGUUCAUAAAUUGUGCU